AUGCAAGUAGUGAAAAAUUUAUGGUCGUUGUCUGUUUUAUACUUUGUAUUCAAGGCGAAAAGUCAGAAGUAUUCUCUUCGAAGUCCUUCAACUGUAGAAAUGGGGAUGACUACUUUAGAUUCCGCAGCUAUGAGUAAACAAAUCUUCGAUUACUUUCUUGUCCUUGAUUUUGAAGCAACCUGUGAAGAAGGAAAGAAAAUUAUGCCGCUUCAGGAAAUAAUCGAGUUUCCAGUUAUGCAGUUAUGUGGAAGGACUUUUGAAGAAGUAGGUCGGUUUCAUCGGUAUGUGCGACCUACUGAACGUCCAGUUCUAACAUCAUUCUGUACACAUCUUACUGGAAUUGUUCAAAAAAGAUUUUAUCAGGAAACAGUGGCAAAAGAAGAGACUCUUCCAGAAAUUCUGGAUGCUUUUCAUACAUGGCUUGUCGAUUCUGACUUAAUUGGCACUAAUAAUUUCGCAGAAUCAAGAUUCACAUUUUUAACAUCUGGAGAUUGGGAUCUUGGCGUACUGCUGCCGAAUGAGGCAAGAUAUCGACGUCUACAGCUACCUGAGCAAGUGUACUUCAAAAGGUGGAUAAACCUAAAGAAAGCCUUCUGCAAGUGCAAGGGUCAUUUCGCCAAAUCUCUAACCGUCAUGCUUCAUGACCUGAAACUUGAUCAUGUAGUAUGUUCUCGACAUGGUCGAUUACACAGUGGCAUAGAUGACGUCAAGAAUAUGUGUCAGAUUGCUAAAUGCCUUGCAAACAGCGGAUAUCUGUUCAAAAAUACAUCAAUUUAUAUAGAUGAGAAGCGCCAUUUCGAAAGUUUAUGA